AGGCGACGGGGGAAGGGUGCCGUCGCCAUGGCAACCGUAGGCCACCGGGAUAAAAGGCCCUCCUCGCCGGCGCCGGGGCCUCCUUCUCCUCCGCGGUGUCUUCGUGCUGGCCGGCCAUGGCCACGCUCCGCCCGCGGGACCUGGGCCCGGGCGCCUCGACGCGGACCUUCCUGUCGGCCAUGGCGUCGGGGCGGCUGCGCCUGGCGCGCUUCGUGCUGGACGCGCUGGAGGGCGCCUUCGUGGACUGCCGGGCGGAGCGGGGCCGGACGCCGCUGAUGCUGGCCGUGCUGCUGCCGGAGCCCGGGGCGCGGCUGGCCUUCGCGCGGCUGCUGCUGGAGCGGGGCGCGGCCGCCGACCUGCGCGACGACACCGGGCGCAGCGCCCUCUCGCUGGCCUGCGAGCGCGGGGACUUGGAGGCCGCCCAGCUCCUCGUGCGCCACGGCGCCGACCCCGACGCGCCCGACGCCGAGGGGCGCAGCCCGCUCAUGUACGCCGCCGGCCGCGGGCACAGCGCCCUCCUCGAGUGGCUCCUGCGCGCCUUCCGACGCCUCGGACAGCUCGGCCUGGACCGCGCCGACCGGCGGGGACGCACCGCCCUCCAGUGGGCCCGGGAGGCCGGCCACGCGCGCUGCGUCCGCGCCCUGCGCCAAGCCGGAGCCUCCCCCGCCGCCCAGGAAGACCAGGAGGAGGAGGAGGAGAAGGCGCCCGCCACACGAGAGGGGCGCCCCCUGGAGGCCGAGGACGUCGCGGCCCCGCGAGCCCGCCCCCUGCGCCGGAGGGCCACCGCCCCCGACGGCCUUGGCCUCGCCGGACCCUGA